UGUCUUAUUGCUUUUGUGUCUAUCGACAAUUUGGAAUUUUAGACCACAGACGCGAAAAAAGAGAAGAAAACGAAAACAUACAAUUGUUAAGUGAAAAUGAGCGCCACUCCCACGAAAAACAAUGGCACCGGCCUAGAAGAUGUCAACAUUCCGGGUCAAGCAUUUCUGCGCGAAGCACUCACCUCCUGCACCGAUCCGCUCAAAGCGAUUGAGAGUUUUCAGUUGGAGAAUGGGGUGCUGUUGCCGUCGCUGCGUCCGAUGUUGCCGCUGUUGGAUUUGCACGGCGUGCGUCGCUUGGACUUUCAUACAUCGCUGAUGGAGGAGCUGCGCGACAAGCUAAUUGCCCACAUUAACGAUCUGGGCCAGAAGGAGCCGCGUGAGCGCGACAAGAAGCUGAAGGAACUGCUCGUAAAGAGUUUUCCCGUUGUGCGCGUCAAAUCGCUGCGACCCGUCGUUAUGGCCAUAUUGCGCAACACCCAGCAUAUCGAUGACAAAUAUCUGCGCAUCCUGGUCAGAGAUCGGGAACUGUAUGCGGACACAGAUACGGAGGUGAAGCGUCAGAUUUGGCGCGACAAUCAAUCGCUGUUUGGAGACGAAGUGUCGCCACUCUUAUCGCAAUAUAUACGCGAAAAGGAGCACAUUCUCUUCGAUCACACCAAUCUCAAUAAUUUGUUCUUCCAGCCGACGCCAAAGGUGCGGCGUCAGGGCGAGGUGGUGCAGAAGCUGGCCAAUAUGAUUGGCACCAGUGUCAAGCUCUAUGACAUGGUGCUGCAGUUUUUGCGCACACUCUUCUUGCGCACCCGCAACGUCCACUAUUGCACGCUGCGCGCGGAGCUGCUGAUGGCGCUGCACGACUUGGAGGUGCAGGAGAUUAUCUCGAUAGAUCCGUGCCACAAGUUCACUUGGUGUCUGGACGCGUGCAUUCGCGAAAAGAAUGUGGAUAUUAAGCGGUCGCGUGAACUGCAGGGCUUUCUGGACAACAUCAAGCGGGGACAGGAACAGGUAUUGGGCGAUCUCUCGAUGACUCUAUGCGAUCCGUAUGCCAUAAAUUUUCUGGCCAGCUCGGCCAUCAAGAUACUCCAUCAUCUGAUCAACAAUGAGGGUAUGCCGCGUGAUAAUCAGGUUUUAAUACUGCUGCUGCGCAUGCUGGCACUCGGUCUGAGCGCCUGGGUCAUGAUUGACUCGCAGGACUUCAAGGAGCCCAAGCUCGAUUGCCAGGUGGUCACCAAAUUUUUGCCCGCCCUCAUGUCGCUCAUGGUGGAUGAUCAGUGUCGCGGCCUGCACGGCAAGUUGCCGCCCGAUGAACGCGAAUCGGCAUUGACCACCAUUGAGCACUCGGGUCCCGCUCCGGAUGCUGUUGAGGCAUAUAUACAGGAGAGCGCUGUCUCUAGCAUACUGGCCAUGUACUACACACUGCAUUCGGCACGCACCAAGGAUCGGGUCGGAGUGCUGCGCGUCUUGGCCAUUCUGUCCGUCUGCAAAGAUGAUCGGGCCUAUGAGGAUCCGUUCCUGCACUCACUAAUUGCUCUGCUCAUACCGAUGAGCGAUGAGUUCGCCACGGAGGACUUUUGCACCACGCUCUUCGAUGAGUUCAUUUUCGCCGGACUAACCCGAGAAAAUGUCACAUCCAGGCAUAUGAUGAAAUUGCUGUGGUAUGUGCACAAUAAGCUGCCAGCCGGCCGCCUUGCCACACUGAUGAAGGCCAUGCAGCCAACGGCGGCGCACAAUGAACACAUCCACAAAUUGUACGAGUUGCUGCAGGAGCGGAUUGGCAGCGCAUUGGUCGUUGCACCGCCAGAGACAGCGGCCAUCGUUGAGCCGCCGGCAACCGCUGAUUUUGAAUCGCCAUUGAAGAGUGUGCCCACACCGGGUCCCCAUUACAGUCCCCAAUAGCAGGAGGCAACGGCGGCAGCUGCUGCCACUGCCACUGCCACCACGACUGCUGCUGCAACAGUUGUCUUGGGUGGCUCCGUUGGCACCACACUCUAACUUUGCUACAACCAAGUUUAAAGUACACAGAAAAUAUGAGUUAUGAAUAAUGAAUAAAUUAAGCUGUGUAAAUA